UAAUUAUAUUGAUAUCUAAAUGGAGUAAACAGUGAAAAGAAAAAGUAAAAUCACAUUGAGAUUUCAAGGGAGCCUAACCCCCUUAGUCACCCACUUAUAAGGCCGGGGAACAGUUUAAAGAUUCCAUAUCACCUUCAACAGUGAACCCUUCUUUUCUUCCUAUGAUGCUCUGUAUCUGUUCUUGCUGCAUUUCUACAUUCUUCAUCUUGAAAACGGCAAAUACAAGAAGAGCUUGCUAUAUGUGCACAUAAAAAAAAGAAUGGAAAAGAGGAGUGUGAAUAAUGAUGCUUAAGUCUCACCUUCCAAAACUUUUACUUCAAUCCAACUCUACUGAAAAAGUCUUGAAAUUUCAUUCUCCAAUUUCCCCUCUCCACUCUUCUUCCUCCCUGUAAUCUCCAAAUCUACCAAACCCAUCAAGGCCAUUUGCUGAAAAGAGGAUUAAAAAAAAAGAUCUCCACCAAACUCUUCCAUUUGUCCCUCUCUCAAGAACCCAUAAAAAUUCAAUCUUUAAUUCAAUUUCACACGUCGAAAAAUGACAGAAGUGCUUCAAUCCCCACCACAUUUGCCUUCAGCCUCAAGCUCCAUUACAUAUGUAUCAUCACCUAGAAUCAAUGAUGGUGUACACCAACAUACGCAUCUCAACAAUGACGUUACCCUUAUUAACCCUCCUACCGUUUCUCCUUCUCCUGUAGCAGUGUACAGGGGAGAUACACAAAUUAUACAAGAAGAAGAAGAGGAAGAGGAAGAGGAUUACGAGGAAGUUGGUAUCAGUGGUGGCGGUGGUGGUAGUAGCUUUGUUGGGCUCGGAGGAGGGAGGAAGAAAAGGGAGAGAGAAGAGGGAGAUCAGUUAUCCCUAUUGACCGUUCUGGUGACUGUGUUUAGGAAAUCUUUGGUGUCUUGUAGGAGUGUGGAGGGUGGAGUUGAAGAGCAAAUCUCAUCUGCAAUGGAGAUUAGUUGGCCUUCAAAUGUCAGACAUGUUGCUCAUGUCACCUUUGACCGCUUCAAUGGUUUUCUUGGUCUUCCUGUUGAGUUUGAGCCUGAGGUUCCCAGGAGGCCUCCCAGUGCCAGGUUAUUUACUCAAUUCCGUUUGUCAUCCGAGAAGUUUGUUUGAUUGAGGGUUCUAUGUACAUGGUUUUGGGAAAUUUUUCUUCCCCCUUGUUUAAAGAGUCAUUUUUAGUCUUUUUCCAUAUCUUGCUUUAUGAUGUUUUCUUAAUGGAAUUCUGUAAUUAUGUUGCAAAGAAUUGGUAGGGAUUUUGUUGACCCAUGAUAAGACAGGCUCCAAGGUUUGCAGACUAAUUUUAGUUUCGGAGAAGUUAUGAAUCGCAUAGGUGAAUACUGAUUACUGAAUACGAGUUAGAAAUACAGAAGGGGAACAAUUUCAAACUUUUAUGUUUGGAAUGGGAUGCUUCCAAAGCACCAGAAUUAUCCAUGCGUGAUAGUUGUUUGUAUUGUGCCAAUUUCGUCUAAAUUGUGUGUGAAUGAUUUUCACUAUAGAGAAGCUUAAUCUUCUGAAUUGCACAUGGCUGCACUUUUAGGAUAGUAGGGUGCAGUUGAAGAAGUAUCUUGAUCAAAAAGCGUUUCAUUAGUAUUUUGGACAGGUAUCAUAUGAUUUAUGUCUAGAUUCGGCAAGAAUUUGAGGUCCUGUAGUCAUUCUCACUCUUAGAAUUUUUGGAUUAAUAUGGGUCCAUCAUGAUGCUGUUUAUUCCUCGCCAUCCAUGCUGCUGGAUCUUUCAUCCUGACAGGACUGACUACUAACUAUUUUAUACACUCAAAAGGUUAAACAAGCACACAGAUGUUGGAACGAAACAAUGUCUUCAAUUCCCAUGUCCGAACCUUGAGAAAUGCUUCUCAUGUACCCUUCAUGUCAUCACAUGCAUAGAGGACCCUAACCAUUAAAAGUUAUGUCCAUGAUGUUAACGUGGUCGAUUUUGCUUCCUAGAACUGAUUUGUGGUUAUCCUUCCACAGCACACGAGUUUUUGGAGUUUCAACUGAGUCUAUGCAGCUUUCUUUCGACUCCAGAGGAAACAGUGUGCCUACAAUACUUCUGAUGAUGCAAAGACGGCUGUAUGCCCAUGGUGGACUUCAGGCUGAAGGAAUAUUUAGAAUUAAUGCUGAGAAUGGCCAAGAAGAGGAUGUCAGGGAGCAAUUGAACCGGGGGAUAGUGCCUGCUGAUGUUGAUAUUCAUUGCUUAGCCGGUCUUAUCAAGGCUUGGUUUAGGGAACUUCCAACAGGGCUGUUGGAUUCUCUGCCACCAGAGCGAGUAAUGCAGGCACAAACAGAAGAAGAGUGCUCACAACUUGUGAGGGAACUUCCAUCUACAGAGGCAGCUCUGUUGGACUGGGCCAUAAAUUUGAUGGCUGAUGUUGCUCAAAUGGAACAUCUAAACAAAAUGAAUGCACGCAAUGUGGCUAUGGUGUUUGCACCAAAUAUGACUCAGAUGGCAGAUCCUUUGACAGCAUUGAUGUACGCUGUUCAAGUAAUGAAUUUUCUCAAGACUCUAAUAGAGAAAACAUUGAGGGAGAGAGAGGACUCAAUCCUGGACAUUAUUCAUCAUGCACCUAAACUGGAGCCAUCUGAUGACAAUGGCCAUCACGGUGCACCACAGCCAAUUGCUUGGGAUGAAAAUGAGGUAAAUCAAGAAGAACAAGUGUCAGUAGCUGACGAACCAAUCGUGAGCAGUACAGAUAAUCCCGUCCAGGGUCGCCUGACAGUUUCCAAUGAAACAACAGAUAGAGUCAUCAGUUCUACUACUGAGAUCACCCCUGUGGAUGAAAAGGAAAACAUUGUGAAAUACCACCUGGGUGAAAUUCCAUACUACGCGGGCAAAUUGAAGGAUGCAUGUAAUGCACAUAACAACACAGCUGGGAAAUUUCAAUCGAAAAGUAGGAGGACAAAAUCUGGGCAAUCAAGUAAUUCCAGCAUAAGAAAGGCAUCAAAAAAAUUCAUUGAGCCGCCAAUCAUCGAGGUAAACGGAAAUGGAGAAAAGAGCAAGGAAGUUAGCAUCAUUAGCCGCAUUAAUUCACAGACAGAACGGGUGGAGGCCUGGCGGUGAACAUCUACCAUGGUGCAUGUUUAAGGUAGAGAUGAAGAGGCAAGGAGUUGCUUGUUGUUUGUUCCCUUUUGAAGGAAUCACAUCCAUACUCUCUAAGGGGGCAAAUUGUGUAGAUCUAAAUUUGUGUGUUUGUGUUCAUGGGUGAAAUUGUAUACAUUGUUUCUUUUGAAGAACUCAAGGUCUUCAGUAGCUCAAUUUGAAAUACUGCUAUGAUUCAUGUAUAAUGUUUUAUAUGCUGCUAUGAACCUGUGCUUCGUUGGGUUCGGUUUUUUGCUGGUAAUGUAACUUAUGUUUCGUUCUUAUACAGUUCUUAGGAUUAUCCGAAAGAAUCAGAUUCAAUUUUCACCUUUCUCUCCUCUUCCCUUCUUUUUGACAACUGAGCAAAAUGAGGAAUGCCAUAUCGG